GUAGCCCAACACCACUGACGCAGAGAUUUCAGUAAUACAUUGUCACUGGGUUUAGUUUAGUAUUAUUCAGUGCACCAAUGGGCUCCCAUCAUCCGUACCUCAUUGAUGAUUGCCUGAUACACAUAUUUACGUUCUUUAAUGAGGACGAUUUAAUCAGUGCAUCCAGCGUUUGUAGGGAUUGGCACGAAGCUGCAGAAACUCCCUGGUUAUGGAGGAGGCUGUGUCUUCAGCGCUGGAGUUUCUGUAAUCUCAGCGUGGUGGGGAGUGGUGAGCAUGAGCGGCAGGCAUGGAAGAGGUACUUCCUGAGACGCUCCCACUUAGAGAUGAAGAUGAUGAAAGGCCGGUCUGGUGGUGAUUACACCUGCAAAAGCCUGAGAGGCCACACAGGUGGCGUGAUAGGGUUGGUGUACCUACAGGGAAAUUUGGGCCAGAACCCUGACCUCUGCGACCCCAGUGCUAUCGUGUGCAGUGCAUCCACUGAUGGUACAGUCCGGGCAUGGGACAUCCAAAAUGGUGUGCAGCUGUGGUGCAGUGCUGUUCAGAGUCCUUUGACAGGGAUUGUCAGUGACACAGAGCAUGGACUAGUAGUAACAGCCGACUCCACUGGCCUCAUUAAGACCUGGCAAGGUCAGACUGGCCAGGAGGUGGCCUCCUACUCUACUGCAUCUCCACACUGCACUCUGCUACCGUACACUAUUAACAACAGCUGCUUUCUUUCUGUGGGAACCAGUCAGGGAUCUGUGUGCACAUUAGCUGGUUCAGCUUUGACUAGAAAGUCCAGUCUAGUGGUGUGUGACAGUUUUAAAGUCAGCAUGCUCUUAGUUUCACCUGACAAGAAAUGGAUCCUAGCUGGAACCAAGGACAACGAUGAUUUAAGUCCAAAGGUGAUAUGCACAGAGAGCUUAACCUCUCCAUCUGAAGACGAAGAGCCUCUGUGCCAGCUUCUGCCAGUCACUAGGUGCCAGGCUGCUGUCUUCAUACCCACUCAGCCUGCCAGACUGGCCAUCAUCCAUCACCAGGGCCACUUAAAUAACAAAGCCCUCACUGUCUUCGAUGUCAGCAUCAAAAAAACUAAAUACAAGUCAGAGAUCCAAGUCCAGCAGGUGGAGUCCUUCACCUUGAUGCUGGAUAGCAGAACCUCAAACAUCCAGCUGAAGGCCAAGGACAGCAGCACUUUAGUGGUGACAAUUGACCAAGAGCUCUGGGUUUAUUCCCUGAAAGGAGUCCUGAUCGCGAGCUUCAGAGAUCAUACUGGACCCAUCACCUCCAUAUGUGUGGAUAGCUUUCGUGUGGUGACGGCAUCUCGGGACCUCUCCUUACGAGUGCUGACAUGGAAAAAUCAUCGAGACAAGGGCCUGACCUUAGAGAGCCGAUACCACUUACUGGGAGGCUCUCACACAAUGUCCAGAGGGUUCACUCAUGUAGCUUGUGACUACUCCAGCAUCACAGCCUCAGUGGAAGGCAAGGAUGGGAAGGACGUCCUGAAGGCUUAUCUUUUCACCUCCUGAGCAUCACUGUCCCAUGCAAAGGUGCUGGUACAGAAGCAGUUUGCACCAUUCAGUAGAAACACUUGCAUUUGCCUUUGUAUUUUGAGUUGUUCAACAGAUAUGUUUACUGCAUAAAGUAUGUCAGUAAGUCUGUGUUUACAAAAGAGUAAAAAGGUAUCAGGCUUUAGAGAUGAGAAGCUCUGUGUUAUGGGAAAGGCACUGAUACUAUAUAUAUAUAUAUAUAUAUAUAUAUAUAUAUAUAUAUAUAUUAUGAUAAUAUUUUUUUAUUAUUAAAAUCUGUACAGGUAUAAGGGAAGUCUUACUAUUAUCUGCCAUUAUAAUAUUUUGCAUUUAGUGUUAAAUAUGAUCAGGCUUAAAGCAUAAUGUAUUUUAAUCACAUAUUCUUAGAUAUAUUGCUUGUAUUUACUAAGGUCAGACCAUAUGGAGGCAAGAUCAUUUAACUACAUGUAGGGGCCUAUGAAAUCCGUUUUAAUGUUUUUCAGUUUCCCUUUUAUUUUUCUCUCAUAUUCCAUGUUUUCUGUUUUAAUUUAAGUUUUCUGAAUUCUGUGUUUUACAAUUUAAUUCACAUUUUGUCAUCAGAAACUGUCUGAUCACAUGGUAGAUGGAUACAAUUUCAUCAAUUAAAUAAGAAAAUAUUCAACAUUUAAUUAAUAUCACUGAAUUUGUAACACAA